AUGAGCUCAAACCGGCUUGCAACAGCGGUUCGUUCAAAGCUCCUCGCACCAACCACUAGUACCCACAUUCGCGGCCGACAAUUGCGACAACUAUCGCGACGCACAAACGGCGAAAUUGGUGAGAAGCCAAAACUGCCCUCGAAAAUGGGGAUUCACCAUCUCAUGGUCGGCACGUGGACGCCGCCCGGCGCCAUCUUCACGUUUGCCUUUGACGACGAGGCGCUCACGCUCAAGCUCGUCAAGCGCACCGAGAUUGCGCAUGACGAGCCCAUCUCAUGGAUGACGUUUGAUCACGAGAAAAAGGCCAUCUACGGAGCUGCCAUGAAGAAGUGGUCGAGCUUCAAUGUCAACUCGCCCACAGAAAUCGUCCACCAAGUCUCCCACCCAAUGCUUCACGAUCCUCAAGCCGCCUCUCCCGAAACAAACACCCGCGCCAUCUUCCUCCUCGCCGCCAAAAAGCCCCCCUACGCAGUCUACUGCAACCCCUUUUACAAACAUGCCGGCCACGGCUCCGUGUUCACUACCGACGCUUCCUCCGGCGCCCUGGUGAACAACGUCCAGAACUACGAGUACCAGCCUAAUACGGGCAUCCACGGCAUGGUAUUCGACCCAACAGAGACGUACCUCUACUCAGCCGAUCUCACGGCCAACAAGCUCUGGGUCCACAAGAAGCGACAGCCCGAGUCCCCGGAGCUCGAGCUCGUCGGGGCCAUCGACUGUCCAGACCCACGCGACCACCCGCGAUGGGUCGCCAUCCACCCAUCGGGCAACUAUCUCUAUGCCCUCAUGGAAAAGGGCAACCGCAUCUGCGAAUACCUCAUCGAUCCCGCAACUCACCUGCCCGUCUUCACGCACCGCCAUUUCCCCUUGAUCCCGCCUGGCAUUCCCAAUCGCUGGACCCAGUACCGUGCCGACGUGUGCGCUCUCUCAUACUCGGGCAAGUAUCUCUUCGCCUCGUCUCGCGCCAACAGCUUCGAUCUCACCGGCUACGUCGCCGCCUUCAAGCUGUCUGAUGAAGGUGUCAUUGAGCGCCAGAUCUGCCUGAGUCCGACACCCACGAGCGGCGGCCACAGCAAUGCCGUGGCGCCGAGCGAUUGGACCGACGAGUGGGUUGCCAUUACGGACGAUCAAGAGGGAUGGUUGGAGAUAUAUCGGUGGCAGGACGAAUUCUUGGCGCGGGUUGCGAGGGUGCGGGUUCCAGAACCUGGAUUUGGCAUGAAUGCUAUAUGGUAUGAUUAG